UUUCCCUUUAUAGAAAACAAAACUGUAUUUUGAAGCGUUUGUUUGUUUACUAAAAAAUGGAAUUCUUAUUAUGUUAAGUUUAAUUAAAUAAAAAAUGACGCUCAAAUGCCGUACCUGCGCAACUGUAAUUUACAACAUAAACGCCAAGAAUCUCUUUGAGCGUGAGAACUCGGACAUCCUAAUGAACAUUGAAAUGGUAGCCGGAACGGCGCUGGUAAGCAGUCCCGAGCUGCCAUCCCACAUAUGCGCUUGCUGUCUUCUUGACCUGAAACAAGCCGUAUAUCAUAUAAAAGUAUUCCGUGAGCGCUGCAUCAAGACUCAAGAGCAACUGUUGAGCACCCGCAUCCGGGUCGAACCCUUUUCGGAAGGUGACUCGGAAUUCGUUUAUGAAUUCAACAGCUAUGAUACUAUUAAACUGGAAAAUAAUAUUAAUGUCGAGAAAGUAUCAGUUAAAAGCAAUAGAUCAAAGGAUGAUUCCGAGGAUGAGGAAGCAGAGUUAAUGGAAUUUCAUGAAAAUGAAGAGGACAGUUCAAAUGAAAUGGAAGCUAGCUUUGUUGAAGGCUUCACCGAAGAUACCCACUCUUUGAUUACAGGAGCAUUUAGUAGCAAUAGCCAAGGAACAAACGAAGAGUUUCGCGAAAGCGCAGACCAGGACUUAAAUCAAUAUGUAAGCUACAUCGACAUAAGCACAUCUCCCAGUUUCAGGAAAAGCAAAACUAGAAGUUUUGCCAAUGUCCUCAUUAAACAUCCAGAAACCAGUGAAAGCGCAAAUAAGGAAACCUGCAAAGAGAAGACGAAUGGAAGCAGCUUAGAGACUAAAACACACAAAGUCAAAAAAACCUACCUCAGCUGGAAGAAUCUGACGGAGGAGCAAAUUAUCGAACGCCGGAGGCAACAGCGGCGUCGGGACUGCAUAUGCGAUCAGUGCGGCCGGCACUUCACGGACCAAAGCAACUUUAAAUUGCACCUGUUGCGGCACACGGGUGUCAAGAACUUCAAGUGCAAGGAGUGCAGCAGACUCUUCUACACCGAACACCUGCUGCAGCUGCAUGAGCGGACGGUGCAUCGCGGCGAGCGGCCCUAUGCCUGCAAGUACUGCGACAAGACUUUCAAUAGCAGCACGACGCGUGUAAUCCAUGAACGCUCCCAUACAAAUGUGCGUCCUUACUCGUGUGAAUAUUGCGAUAAAUCAUUUAUUUCUACGUCUGCUCUGAAGCGACAUGAUUUAACACACAAUGGCGUGCGAUCAUUUUACUGUAAAAUAUGCGACAAAACAUUUCAAAGAAAUACUCAUUUAAAGGCUCACUUACGUUCCAAACUGCAUGCCUUAAGAGAAACGAAUAUUAGUUUAUUGCGAGAGUUUGAAUAAAAA